AUGGAGACAGACAGGCUGCCCCCACCCAACAUGUCCAAACUCAUCCAGGUGGAUUUUGAAGAAGUUCAGCAAAAACGUGAAACGAUCCAGCGAAUUGUUUUUGCUCUGGACGUUUCCCGUAGCAUGUCGAGACACAAUCGACUGCAAAUGGUGAAGGAUGCGGUUGUUGGCUUCCUCCUGAGCUUACUCGACGACUCGAUCCGGCUCGCCAUCGUCAAGUUCAGCAGGGUGGCAGAGGUGCAGCACCCGAUGACGGCUGUCAAUAAAGCAACCGUGGGAGGCUUUCGCGUUGCUGUGCAUAACAUGUCAACGUCUGGCGGCACCUGUAUUGGUUGCGCUCUGGAGAAGGCUCUUGAGGUGCUGCGUUCUGUUAACGAGACUCCAGAGGGCGCAGUUAUAGUGCUUUUGACCGACGGCUUAGAGAAUGAACACCCCUACAUUGACGACGUCUUGCCGCAACUCUUAGAGGAAAAGGUCGAAGUUCUGGCUAUGGCAAUAGGAGACAAGGCUGAAGACAAGCUUGAGAAGACUGCUUCAGCAACAAAAGGGAAGACCUUCUUUUUUCCAGACAGCCAUGAGAACAUAUCGAGGGCCUACAUCGAAGCUACCGAAAGUCCAGAGCACGGGCACACUAGACAGCGUUUGGGGCUGAUCACUCCCAAUGAAACUGGAGAAAGUACCACCAGUGUACGAGUGGCUGAUGGCGACGAGACCAUGGGCUUCUAUACUGAGAAAUUCAGCCCACAAGAAGGAGCGCUGAAAGCCAUUCCGGAAAUAUCUGAUCGCGCCUCGAAAAACCUGAUAGGCAAACUGGCUGAUGUAGCAGGACCACAUUCCCUCCAAUCGGCUGACAGCACGUGCUUCCAGCUCUCCGGAUUCGAUUCGAAGAUCGGCAUCCAAAUGUCGUUGGCAGAUUCAGUGGGAAGCGACGCAGUCAAACCGAUCACAGUUAUGUCAGAAAGGGACAACUUCGUGGGAACUCUGGAGAAAACAUUCAUUAUUGACGGUGACAUUGGAAACAACACAGUGGUUACUGUGAGCUGCGCCUCCGGUCAAAGCUGUCCACUCUCGGUGCAGCUUGUUGACCCCGCCGGACAAAGGUGUCAAAACUGUCGUGAAGAUAACACUGACCUCCAAAAAAUGCUCACCAUACCCAGCCCUGCACAGGCGGGUACCUGGAUGCUUCAAGUGAAGAGCUCAAGCACGGACCGAGUCAAAGUCAGCAUCCUGGUCGUGUCCGAAGGCAGAGACCCUACAAAUAUGCCGGUAUUGGCUUCAUGUGAAGUGCCAAAGAGACCGGUUCGCGCACCUGAUGAAGCAAUCAUAGACGUCUCUGUGUCGAAAGGCGGGAAAGCUGUCAUUGGCGCGAAGGUUAUAGCGGUGGUGGUCAACACGCAGGGGCAUUGGUGCCUUCCACUGUUUGACAGCGGUCUAGAUCCCGACGGACGCGAUAUUGACGGAACCUACAGUAGAUACUUCACACAGUUCACGGGUGCGGGACGGUACUCUGUCUUUGCUUACAUUUACGGAGACAGCGAGACCAGGCACGCGUACCGAAGGAGAGACCCCCGUGGUUCUAGUAUGACCGUUCUUAAUGAACCCCUACCCGAUGGGGUCGAGGAUUCGUCAGGCCAAGUGGUCUUUGACCUGGACCUCAUGUUAGGCACUGUUUGA